AUUACUUAUUUUGUACAUUGUAUUUCAUAGAGACAUAGACCCUAGUACCGCAGCGCUUGCGAUUGUCGUUCUAAUAUUGUCUAUGGCUACUGUUUUAGGAAUGGGAAGGGGAAAUCGACCAACGCCAUUUUGUUUUCAACAAGACGUCGUAACGUCAAGUCGAUACUAAAAUUCAGUCUGUCUUUUUCUGCCGCGUCGAAGAGAACUAUUAAAAUAACGCGAGUUAGACACGAUCAAUGUAUUAUUAAUUUAAGUUCUACGUGAGUUGAUUGCUACAAUAAAGUGUACAUAUCAAAGAUAGUGUUUUGCAAUUUGUGAUAACUGAUGUUCAGUUGAAGAUUUGCUUGGUAUGGUGAUUUCUACGACUACGGUCGUCGGUCAAGAUGUCCAAGGAAGUAGCGGAAGAGUAUGCUUCCAGUUUAGCGGACCUAACCGUCAACAGCAAGCCGCUGAUAAAUAUGUUGACGAUUCUCGCAGAAGAGAACAUCGACCACGCCGGGGUUAUCGUUGAAACAGUGGAGAAGCAUUUAGAGAAGGUACACCCAGACAUCAAGCUGCCAGUACUGUAUUUAGUUGAUUCAAUUAUCAAGAAUGUUGGUGGAGCCUACACACAGAAGUUUUCUCAGAGCAUUGUCAAUAUGUUUACCAGGACUUUCAAACAGGUGGAUGAAAAAAUCAGGUCUCAAAUGUUUAAGCUUCGUGAGACUUGGCACGAUGUCUUUCCCGCUACGAAGCUGUAUCAACUGGAUGUGAAAGUGAACUUGAUAGACCCAGCGUGGCCGAUACAAGCACAGCCGCAGCAGUCAAACAUCCAUACUACAGCUACCACCAGCACUACAAUCACUCCAGUUCCAGUCGUCCCUGCUGAAGAGGACGAGAAGAUGAGGAAUAUCCUCGCCAAGAAAGAACAGGAGCUCCUCAUGCUGCAGAGAAAGAAGGUGGAAAUGGAACUGGAACAAAUGCGCCGGCAGGUCGAGCUUGCAGAGAAAACUGUUACUAAAAAGGUACCGGGCAUAACCCCUUCGAAUUCAAACGCAGCUAAUAUGGCUGUGCCCACUCCUGCUCCUGCGGCCGCCAUAUUGCCUGAAGUGACAACCAAUAUACCCGUUAAGCAGCGGCUCGGACCACCGGUACCUAAAAGCACGGGUCGUAUCGCCCCAGUGAGUGCAAACCUAGCGAGCGCUCGGCGCGACCCGCGGCUGGCGCGCCUGCAGCAGGCGGGCGCCGUGCCCUCCGCGCCGUCGCCACCCGUCGCCGUCGUAGCGCCCGCCGCCGCGCCGCUUGCGCCCAUCGCGCCCAACGUCUUCGAUAUCAAGCCACUGGAGCGCGUUACCAAACGGAAGAAUGUAAUUACUAUUGACGUGAGGCAAGACGCUGAGCCUGCCAGGCCCGUUACAAGGGAUCCGCGCCGUCGCGACCCGCGUCUUGAGAAACGCGACCCGCGCCGUACCCGCCCGCGUGAGGAACGGGAAAGGCGACGCGAAGAACUGCGUCGCGCUGAAUCGGAUCGCAAUCAAACCGAUACUAAGCCCGAGCCCGAGCGUAACCCGAUGCCCGCUUAUGUCGAUAAGCUGCCCGACCCAAAGAAAGUAAGCAAAAUGCCGCCGAUACCUAAAAUUUCGCGGCAGGAAACCAAACGAGACGGCGAAGCCGUGCCUGCCAAGCGCAAGCGAGACAAUGUACGCGCAGAGCGUAGGCGGCGGCGCGAGGAGCUGGCGCAGAAAGAAAGCGAACGCACUAAGCCAGUGCCGGCCGCGGUGCCGGCGGCGCCCCCUGCCGCCGAGAAGAAGCGCGCAUCUCCCGAGCUGGUGGCGUUCAAGGAGUUACGCAACUACCACAAGGAGCAUUACAUGCGCCGCAACCGCGACAAGUCCGCCAGUCCGGAGCACCCCGAGUCGGGCGCGGAAGGCGCCGUGUCCUCCGAGCCCCCAAGUGUUCCAGAAAUCAUUACAGAAACCAAGGAUGUAGACCUAAGAGUUUUGCCUGCCGUAGUAACGGAGGCUAAAGCGGGUUCCGUAGGACAGAAGCGGUCUUCUACAGAAACCGUGGAAGUCAAAACCAAGAAAACUAAGAUUGACAAGUUUGAUGUAUUGUUUGGUAACGAAGACGUAGACUUACGCCAACUCCCCCAAGUAGAUGAGGUGAAUGCCCCACCUCCACCUUCCAUCACUAGCUCGCCGAAGUCCGACAACAAACUUGAUGAAGAUGUACCCAUGGAGUCACCAUCUAAAGCCUCACCAAAAAGGGAUUGGAACGAAGUCAAGAAGAGGGAUGACAAGAAAACCCCUUCGAAGCUUGACAUCGUCAGGGCCAAGUUUGCUGAAGUUACGAAAGGCAAAGAUAGGCUAGGCCGUCCACUACUGUUCAGUAAAUCGCCAAGUAUUGAAAGAGAAAGGCGGCGUACUUUGUCUGGAGAGGAUUCUGAUCUCAGGGAAGAUGAUGAGCAGGGCUUUGUUGAAAACAAGAAAUCCAUUUCAAUUAUCAUGUCGCAAGCUAAGGAACACUUCACGGACGGGCAGUUGGACAAGAACCAGUACAAUACAUUAAUGUACCAAAUACUGCAACUCAAUGAGAAGCUUAAACUGAAAGAAGCUAAACAGAGAGAGUCGCUAGAAUUAUCAAAAAGGAAGCUUAAAGCUACAUUAGAAGAAAACAAAAAAGUACCCAGCCCGAAAUCUUCGCCUAAUGACCGAAACACAUUCGGUGACAUCGAUGAGAGAAUCACGCCGUCCGUGUUCCUAGACACGCCACCCGAUAGCCAAGGCAUGUUGCAGGACUCCGAUAUGCGAAUCGGUGCUGAAGCCCUUGACAUGAAGACAAAGGGCUUGCUCCCCAUCCCUCCCAUGAUGCCGAUGAUUGGCUCCUACCAACAACAAAUGCCGUGGCGAGGACCAAGACCACGGGCAGGUGAAGAAUACGGGCCAAGACGGUUCCGAGGUCCAAUGCCACCAUACUACAGAGCAGGAAAGUUUGACAAGAGGGCUGCUAGACCGCCUUUUGACCCUCGAAUGGCAAUACCUCCUUUACCUACACCCAAAAUAGGUAUGUGUCAAGGAGAGUGCCCCCUAACACCUUAUGAACGAAGCGAGUCUCCGCCUCCACUAGGAGCUCCAGGCUUCGCAAUCCCACCAACAGACUUUAAAGUAAUUGAAUAUAUUGACCAAGAUCCCUUCAAAACUAUCCAAAUAGAUGGAAUUCCAAGAGAAAUAAGAUUUUACGGCAACACCGCGGUAAUUAUGCUGGAUUGGGAUGACCCAAGGGAAAUAAAGUUCCUGCCUGGAUGCAGAAGAGUUACGUUUGACAACAAAGACUCUGUAGUUCUCAAUUUCAAUGAAGGCUACAAACAAGUAGAAUUUGACGACCAGGUAUUCGACAUUAAAUUUGGUGCGCCGACUAGAGAACUGUACAUAAACGGUAGGUGGUACGAAUGUUUCUUCGGCGGCCAGCCAUUAGGCGUAAUUAUUGACGGUAGGCCAAGACUGGUUCAUUUGGAAGGGCCGAUGCCGCAAGUGGACAUUGGCAAAGCCAAACGGACCGACUUGGUAGCCGGUAAAAUCAACCUCAUCGUGAACGCCACACAAAUGCACCCAGUAUACUUGGACGCGAAAGUACAAAAAAUCUUGGUGAACGGACAAUAUCUGACUGUACGCUUCGUAGAUUCAUUGCGCACAGUUUUAAUUAAUGAGCAACCUUUCAAAGUGGAAUUUGGAGGCCUUCCCAAACCCAUUGUUGUUGGCAGUGAGAAAUAUUUUAUUAGAUUCUCCGCUCUGCCGAGGAACAUUAAGCCUGGACAUGUUCAGAUCGCUAAUAUGGAAGGCAUUGGCUUGCCACUGGUACCAGCCGUCAAAAAAGUCGAUGAUGUUAAAAAGGAAAGUGAAACAGCUAUGGAGGUUGACCAAGAACAACCUAUAACGCGCCCGGUUAAGACGCCCAGCCCUGAGCUCAACCCUGAGAGUUUAGGUCUGGACAUGUUGGCGAGUGUCAUGCCGUCCAGUACAGUACCAGCCUCUGGAUCGGAGUAUAGUGUGGCCGAGCCUCUAUUCUCCAAAACAGACAAGAUCCCCGGACUCGAGACACCUAUGGAAGAGAAACCAGCUCCAGUACUGCCGAUAUUAGGCAACAUUAAUGUCAACGACCUUUUCGCGAAGCUUGUGGCGACAGGCAUCGUCCAAGUGCCCAGCACUAGCCAACCAGAGCCGCAGGAGGAAGCGAAGAGCAAACCAGAGGAAGUAAAGAAUAAACCAAAGGAAGACAAGAAUAUAAUUCAUAAAGUAGACUUUAUGAAAUCUGAGACAUUUAGAGUUAAACAGCCAGGCCUGGUGGCUAAGUUGUACGGUGGGAUGCAGUGUUCGGGAUGCGGGGCACGGUUCCCCCCCGAGCACACGGUGCGGUACUCGCAGCACCUGGACUGGCACUUCCGGCAGAACCGACGCGACCGGGACUCCGCGCGCCGUGCGCACUCGCGACACUGGCACUAUGAUCUCUCAGAUUGGGUGCAGUACGAAGAGGUCGAGGACUUGGAGGAGAGAGAAAAAAGUUGGUUUGAGACGGGUGGCAACCCGGCGGUGGCUGGCGAGGGCGCGGCGGAGACGCCGACGCCGGCGCCGCUGGCCGCGCCGUCCGCCGCCGCGCCCGCGCCCGCCACGCACUGCUGCGCGCUCUGUGGAGACGUCUUCCAACAGUUCUACAACGAGGACAAGGAAGAGUGGCACCUCAGAAACGCAAUCAAGCACAACGACGAUUACUAUCAUCCACUCUGCUUUGAAGACUAUAAAGCGUCACUAACAAAGGCUGAAGAACCAAAAGUUAAGGAAUCGUCUGAUGAUGUCGCGACUGAGGAGAAGAUGGAAGAGGAAGCUAUUGAAAUUAAAGAUGUAGAUGAAACUGCAGAACAGUCUGACAACGAGUCUGUUGUGGAAGUCGUCGAGGACCCGAAGGAGUUGGAUCCCGUUGAAAUUGACGAGGAAGAAGAUGAUGAAGAUGACGUGGUAUUCAAAGCGGAGCCAGUGGUCCAGGUUGUGGUGGAAGACGAUGCUGACACGGAUGACGAAGUCGCUGCUGAAAGAGCUGAAAGAGAUCGCCUCGCAGAGAUAGACUUCAGCAAGAUCAAGGUCAAACAGGAACCGAUCGAUCCCGAUGACGAACCAAUAGUAACAGCAGAAGAAGAGACUAUCCAAGCACGAAUAGACCACACACAUCCUACAGUAGAGUCAUCUAUUGAUGGGAACCUACAACUAGAUGCAGCAAGUAUUCCUACAGCCUCCAUACCUCUUGGAGGAAUCCGUAUCAACAUCUCCAAAUCCUUGCCAUCCUUUAUGAACAACAACCAGGAAGAGAAGAUCCCAGAAGACACAAGUGCUGAUGACGAGCCCUUGCCUCCAGGUGAGGAACCUGAACUAGAGUAUACCCUGAAACCAGCUCUCGUAGGUGUCCAGUUCAGUAGACAACCCCCAGUCAACAAAGGCAAUGAACUCUCUGGAUUGUGCUCUAUUAUGUAAAUUUUGCAGCCUUCAAUGUGCAAAUACAGGAUCUGUAUAAAAUGUUAGUUGAAUUAGCAUUGGUUGUACUGAAAUUAUACUUAAUAGUUGAUACAUUUUGAAUGUGCUGUGUCUGGUGUAUUGAUGUGUUUAGAAUAGGUUUUUUUGUAAAACCAACUAAUUUAAUCAGUAAUUUGCUUGUUGAUUUAUAUUUAGUCACUAUUUAAGACAUUGUACAUUUGAAAUAAUGUUUAACGAUAAAACUAUAGACUGAUAUUAUAAUAUAAUCAAAUUCGUAAAAGUAGAAAAAAUGUUUUAAACUAUAAAAAUGCAAUAACUAGGUUAUGUCAAUCAAUUAAUGUUACCAUCGAGGAAUGGCCAAUCAAUUUGUGAAAUUGAAUCAAAAUGACUGAAUUAGUUGGUUUGUUGUGAUUGAAUUUGUGCCGAUUAGGGCAGUGGCUUUUGUCUCUUUGGUAAUUUUCCUAGUGUAAUACAUAAAAAUAUAUGCAUUCACUGUUGAGAAGAACUAAAAGUUGUAUAAUUAGAUGCUCAAAAAUUUACUAGUUUUCUAUUGUAAGCUUUUCUACUUCUUACUUUUCUCUCUCGCUUUAUUAGUUGAGUUGCCGGAAUCGCAGUACACUCUAGUCGAGUAAAGUAUUAACAAGAUUUAGAUUUUCGAAGUAGCCACUGUACUCCUUGACAUAUAUUAAUCGUCUAAAAGUGGGUGUUCUCUACAUACCUCUGUGGAAUAAAAGACGGUAGGACUUACCUACUAGUUAUACAAAAUUACACAAUCUAUUUUACAUAAUUAUUAUGUAUUAACAUUUAUACAGAGUAACUGAUGUUUGCUACCAAGAGUGAAUGCAUGUGAAAAUUAACACAAUACUCGAUAGCUAUUUAACGUUUUUUUUUUCCCUUUAUCAUCUUGAAAAUAUUUUUAUGUCACUUUGUCAGCAUUGUGUCUAAAGAGAUUAAGAGGCUUGGAAUAAUCGUACAGAUGCUAGUAGGGACAUCACCAUAAUCCAUUAUUUCAACUUCAUCAAAAACGAUAAAAACUAAAAGUCUAUUAAAAAUAAGUUGAACCUACAAGCGUCUGUACUAUGAACCUAGAUUGUAGUAUAGAGAGAUUUAACGAAAUACCUCGGUAAUGGAGAAUCGCUGUUUAAACGUAGCUGUAGCUGAUGGAACAGAGUUUCAUUGAAUCUUGUGCAAAACAUAUGGAAAGGUGUUCUAUGUCAUUGUAUCUCCAUGUUUUAGAAUAAAUAAGCAUGUUUUGUCGUUUUGUGCAGUUUGUUUCAUAAGACUCAUCUAGUUGCAAUUAGGUGUGACAAUUGAUAACAAAAUACACCUUUGGAAUUUCCAUUGAUGAACCAUGUCCUCUGCAACUGCCAUUUAUUUAUAUUAUUCUAGCGAAUGUUGUUUCUUCCAAUAUAAUCAGUAUAUCAAAUAAUUUGACUUUACAUUUGCAAUGGAGUCUGCCUGCAUUAUAGCCUUCCAUAUGAAGCCACGCAAGAAUUGUUAAAACGAAAUGUGAUAUUAAAUUUAAGUUAAUGACUUCUUUAGCAGCGAACUUGCGUUUUGUUUGACGAAUUAUUUUUGUAUAUCUUGUAGUGAGUGUAAAUAUCUGAAUAGCCUGUCUCUGUAAAUAUUUAGAGUAAUGUAUAAGGGUACAAAUUACAAGAAUUGGUAUGAUUGAAGAAUGUGUAAAUAUUUAGUUAUAUAGAAUCUCUUUGCAGGGUUUUAUUUCCUUGAGGUGUGUUUGGUUGCCACAUCAGUGGUUUUUUCUUUUUGUAUGAAAAUAAAAAGUCCAUCUUAAAAAUAAAAAAUAAAUGUAAUGUUUAAAAAAAGUGGUGUAUGUUUAUAAUAUAGUUUAGGUUUAUGGUAAUCGGAAUUAACUUGUCAAUCAACUCUUUAUCACAUGUUGGAACUUUAAUCACAAUUGUUUGUUUGUUUAGUUUACAAUGUGUAAAUAAAUAUUUACAUCAUGAUUGCUAUCUUUGAUUUAACUUGACCCUAUCUGAAAGUAAAAUUAAAAGAACACAAAUUACACAGUUUAUUUAUUUAUUUAUUUAUUUAUUUAUUUAUUUAAUAAAUGGUGAAUCAACAGCUACAUUAUACAAUUUUAGCAGAAAAAUAGUGACAUUGAGCCACUUACAGAUUCACACGAAUAGUGCCAGAGUAGUUAACAACUAAGACCAAAUUAAAAAUUUUAAAUAUAAUCAAAACAGUAGGCACACCGCAAGAAAAUUAUAUAAAGAAAAAAUGAUGUAAACAUAUUUGAAAAAAC